AUGUCCAAGAAGGCAAAGCGGCAUAAGCACCAAGCAGAGCCGGUUUCGAGCGAAGUGCUUACCGUUACUGGUGAUGCGGUCGUUACAAGAGAUAUAUUCUAUGUUAUUGAAGAUGAGCUGCGUAUGUGGUUGAAUUGGCAAACUGGUGAAAAUGUGGAAGCUAUAAUAAGAUUAAUAAAGUCUUUUUGCGACCUGCUCAAUCACCGAUGGAAUACAUCUAUGAGGAAGACCAUGUCAUGGCGUUACUUUCGAUGCUUGGUGAAGCAUGGGAUUCCAUUUCACUGCAUUUGGCUGCGUAAAUACAGGACAAUCCAAUUUUUCAGCAAUGAGGAGUUUAUCGAGAAGUACCCACCUACUAGGAACCUCAGUCUUUUUUUCCGAGACUUGUCUGAUCUUGAAUAUAAAAUGCGCUCUAGUAUUUGGGCUUUCCACAAUAUUUCUAUAGGAUCUACCACAACUGGAAAGAAGGCACUUCUUGCUAUUUGGGAGAAUACAAAUAUAACAAGCUUGAGAUACCAGCUGUGUCUUGCCAGCAGACAUCUUAACUAUAAAGCAGUCGUCUCCAGUCUUGCCAACUCCGAAAUCCUGCGGAUGGCAUCUGAAACCAUUGAGAAGCGCGAAGAUGAUCAUCCACAGCGAACAUACAACAUCCAGCGACUGAUAUACUUUGACAGCCCCAUUGCAAUAUGGAUGGCUUUACAAGCGACCCUUUCUAUGAAACACGACUCAUCCUUCAACAUGGGUAAUCGCUUAGUAAUGCUUGCUGCCAUGCAAAGCAUGAUUUACACAACGAACAGUGUCAAGAACAGAAUACUGAUGCAGUUGUGGGAGUUCCUUAUUGCAACGAUACUCUGUGGUAAUCCGGACCAAGUUUCUGCUGUUGUGGCGCUGGGAAAUUCUGUAGAUCGCUACCAUAAGAGCUACGAGGCUAGUUCUUACUUUUUAUUA